UUCAAAUGAAUAAAUACAUGAAUAAAUCAUAUGGAAAAAAGCACACACUGCAGGGGCCUGAUUAAGGACAGUAAAGAAAUAUUGGGCUACAGGCUGAGAUGAAUGAUGUUUCAGUUAACAAAAACAACUCUAAAUGAAGCACAAGACUUCAUCAAAUGUUUCCUACUCCCUUUUAUUUAAAAGAACUGUGCGAUUCAUGCUGCUUCUCCAUGUUUGGUUCUGGUUCUAUACCUUGAAUACGUUCAUGGUCACCUGGUCAUAUUGUAAUGUAGAGCUGUGUGUCAUCUGCGUGGUAACUCAACUUAUCUAAUCAAUUAUUUUCUCUAACAGAUAGAAUUAAAGGUCUUCAAGAUAUGAACAUUGCAAUAGAUGUUUAUGGCUGUAUUACACCAUUUCCGCCAACAGGUGGCAUAAUUGACUGCGAAUACUUUGGACUGCCAGACUUCAGCGCCCUCUUGUGGUGGGGAAAUACUAUAGCAAUGAGAAGAAAAUUCAGCAGCUCGCUAUAAUUCUAAUGACGUUUUAAGCAGAAAUGAUCAGACUGUUUUAAUCCGACUGCGUUUAUAUGCUUUUUGUUAUAUUUAGAUGUGAUUUUAAAAGAAAACCGCAGUUUUUUUUUUUAGAGAACAGCAGAUUAAAUAAAUUCACCCCCCUCCUCUUCUUCUUCCCUCUCAUCUCAUCUCUCCUCUCUCCUCUUCGUCACUGAUCUUCAGCUCUUCUCGGAGUCAUGAGGGGGCGCUGUAGCUGGUGAACAUGGCCAACGCCGUGGUUUCCUAUGACCAUCUGGCCCUCCAGGUGGAGGUUCUCCGGAAGGAGAACUCCCACCUGAGGAGAGAGCUGGAGGACAACUCACACCACCUGUGCAAACUGGAGACAGAGACAUUUGGCAUGAAGGAGAUGUUGAAGCAGCUGCAGAGUAAACUGGAGCAGGAGGCAGGAAACCUGGCCUCAUCUGGGAGAACUGACGUGCUGCACCAGCUCAAAGAGCUCUACAUGGACCUCACCAACUACUAUGAACUCAAACACCAACCUCACAACCUGAGGCUUCUAACCUCUGGUCUGGGAGGGCCAGGCAUGAGAAGCAUCACAGGUGCCGGGCCAGGUUUGAGUGGAAGUGUGGAACUAGAGGAUCACUUGGCUCUGCCUCCAUCUUCCUGCUGCUCCUCCUCCUCAUCUAUGGCUGCGGUGAACAGAGCCAGGAGCCCGCUCCGAGCGGCGUCUCGCCAAAGCAUGGUGUCUACUGGGGAGGCCGCCAUCAUGCUGCCAAAUCACUUACUGGAUGGAGCUCCACCCCAGACAGCUGUGAUUAGUGAAGGAGAUGGGCGGUUGAGUGACCAUCACUUUGAGGAGCUGUACAAGGAGAGGAACCUUUUGCUGGGAGAGAUUGACCGUGAGGAACGGGAACGCCUGGAGGUCCUCUCCCAUACAUGUCACAGGCUGGCACAGCUGCCACGCAUCGAUGAGAUUUCUCUGCAGUUAGAUCUAAUCCGACAGAAUCUGGAGGAUAAAGUCCAUCGAUCUUUAAUUGCGGAUCACUACUUAGCCAGCAAUGAGAUGGUGCACAGAACUCAGAUGCGUGCAGCUCGCCUGGAGCAGCUGGAAAAAGAGCUUCAGGAAGCCCGAGGGAGUCAGGAGAGCCAGCUACAGCUGUCUGGAGCUGAGAAGCCUCCCGCUGGAGAACCAGAGAACAGCGGCUCAUCGUCGUCUGCAGCUGCAGGAGCUGAAGCUGCAGACGGAGGCAGCAAGGUGGAGAUGGUCUUCUGGCUGCUCUCCAUGCUGGCGAACAGGGACAAGGAUGAGAUGUCCCGGACUCUUCUGGCCCUGUCCAGCUCUCAGGAUAGCUGCAUCGCCAUGAGAAAAUCUGGCUGUGUCCCCUUGCUUGUUCAGAUCUUGCACGAAGUUCCUGGUGGCGUUCCGGGGGAGACGACAGGUGGUGGCACCUCAACUGGCUGCAGCCGAGACACCAAAUCCAGAGCGAGCGCUGCCCUCCACAACAUCAUCUUCUCGCAGCAGGAUGAAGGUCAGGCCCACCGGGAGAUGCGGGUCCUGCACCUGCUGGAGCAGAUCCGGACCUACUGCGACAGUGGCUGGGACUGGCUUGAGAAUCAUGCAGUGACGCCAUCACCCGGAGGGACCAAAACCUCUGGUGCAGAUAUUCCUGAACUUGUGGACCCUCAGAUCUGUCAGGCAAUGUGUGCCAUCAUGAAGAUGUCCUUCGAAGAGGAAUACAGACGCGCUAUGAAUGAAUUAGGUUGUCUGCAGGUGGUGGCAGAUCUCAUCCACCUUGAACAGGAUAUGUAUGGCAUGCAGAGUGACCCCAUCAACAUGGCUCUGCGCCGCUAUGCUGGGAUGGCUGUGACCAACCUCACCUUCGGCGACGUCGUCAAUAAGGCCACCCUGUGUUCGAGGAAGAGCUGUCUCCAGGCUCUGGUUGCCCAGCUGUCCUCAGACAGCGAGGAGCUUCAUCAGGUGGUCUCCAGCAUCAUGAGGAACCUCUCCUGGAGGGCCGACAUCAGCACCAAGAGAGUUCUGAGAGACAUCAGCUGUGUGUCUGCACUCAUGACCUGUGCCCUGCAGGCAACCAAGGAGUCAACUUUAAAGAGUGUUCUGAGUGCUCUGUGGAACCUCUCAGCCCACAACAUUGACAACAAAGUGGCGAUCUGUUCGGUGGACGGAUCUUUGGGUUUCCUGGUCAGCACGCUGACCUACCGCUGUCAGACUAACUCGCUCGCCAUCAUUGAAAGCGGAGGUGGGAUACUUCGAAACGUGUCGAGUCUGAUUGCCACCCGAGAGGACUACAGACAAAUCUUGCGGGACCACAACUGUCUCCAGACUCUACUGCAGCACCUGCGCUCUCACAGCUUGACCAUAGUGAGCAAUGCCUGCGGGACUCUCUGGAACCUUUCAGCCAGGAGUCCCAAAGACCAGGAGCUGCUAUGGGACCUAGGGGCAGUUAGCAUGCUGCGCAACCUCAUCCACUCGAAACACAAGAUGAUUGCCAUGGGCAGUGCUGCAGCUUUAAGGAACCUCCUCACAAAUCGACCUUUGAAAUACAAGGAUACUGCAGUGCUCUCCCCUGGCUCCUGUGUGCCCUCCCUCUAUAUGAGGAAACAGAAAGCUUUUGAAGCUGAGCUGAAUGCCAAACACCUAGCUGAGACCUUUGAUACACUUGAGAAACAGAGCUCCAAGCAUCUGAGCCUCAACAAACCUCUUAGGCACAUUGAGAGUCUGGCAAAGGAUUAUGCCUCUGAUUCUGGUUGCUUUGAUGAUGACGAAGCCCCCAAUAACUCCAGCAGCUUGGAUACUGGUAGCUUCUCUAUGCUGCCCAUGUAUCUUACCAACUCUAACUUUGUGCAAAAUCAGACCCCUAGGAGGGAUAAUGAGCCUGAGAGAGAUACAGACUUGCCUCAGAUGGUGGAGAAGAAACAUGCUCCUCCUGAUGAUGUGGUCUCUGCUGCAGCAGAGAAGCUCGCAAAGAAGAUUACCAACACAGUUGCAAAAAUCGACAGACUAGUGGACGAUAUCACCAUGCACACAUCCUCUGAGGACAGUUUUAGCCUCAGCUCUGAGGACCACCUGGCAGACUGGCCUUAUGGACAGAAUGAGCUUAACGAAGCCCGAGCAAAUUCAUGUUCCCCUUGCCGUCUGUCUGAUGUGAGCAGCUUAGCCUACAGAGGACGCCUCAACAGAGCACACGCCCUUUUACGACUCAAAACCACCCACACAAGUGUGUCAACAGAUAGCCUGAACAGUGGCAGCACCAGUGAUGGAUACUGUGGCAGCAAAGACCAAGUUCGACCUGCUCCAAAGGCUCUACCAAUCCAACAACAACGACCCAACCAACUUGACCUCAAAGUGGCCCAUCAGGAACAUCUCAAUGUAGGAUCUGCUGUUCUGAAUCAGACUAACCAGCUGGAUAUUCCAGAAAGAGAUUCAAUGGAUAAUAAAGUUAUGGACCUCGUGGAGCUCAGCAACACAGACAUCGAAAAGAACCAAGAACCACCAGUACAAACACCUGUCAGUGCGUCCACUAAAGUAUCUUCUGAUGUAAGCAUGACAUCGAUUAAACUUUCUCCUAGUUAUCAACAGGUCCCACUCAUUCAGAGUGUGGCAAAAUUUGGGGUUGCAAAGACAGCCAUCAAUGUUCAGGCUGCUCAGGCGAUGAGGAGGCAAGCAUGGGUGCCCACUGCAAUGACUGGUGGAAGUAUUACAAAAUUUUCUCCAAUGAAUUCCACCAGAAGUCCAACAGUUGGGACAAUGGAAACUGUCCAGAAAUAUUCAGUGGAAAACACUCCAAUCUGCUUCUCUCGCUGCAGCUCACUGUCCUCACUCUCUUCUGGUGACGGUGGGCUGGACGGACAAAGUGAGAAUGAGCUGGAGAGUGACUCAUCUUUGGAGAUAAUUGAGGUGGAUGAUGGCGAAGAAGUGAAGAAAAUGCAAGAAGAUGAAACUUUAGAGGAUCUGAGCGACAGCCAGUUGCUGAUGACAGACUCAAAAACCCUGCCCAGCAAAGAGAAAAAUCCCAUUGAGAUCUCUCGUACUCCCAAAAAGGAAAAGGUUUUCCUUAGGGGAGCUUCACCUGCUAUAAAUGAAGACAGAUCUCCAUCCAGUUCCUCUGAGAACUAUAUCCAUGAUACACCUCUAGUUCUAAGCCGCUGUAGCUCUGUAAGCUCACUGGGCAGUUUUGAGUCUCCCUCCAUUGCCAGUUCAAUCCAAAGUGAUCCAUGUAGUGAGAUGAUUGAUGGAACAAUAAGUCCCAGUGAUCUUCCAGACAGCCCAGGCCAAACUAUGCCUCCUAGUCGGAGUAAAACUCCAUGCUGUGUUGAGUCCAAUGUACCAGAGACACAGAUCACAGGGAUGCCAGGACAGUGGGAAAACAGCCUGCGGAAGUUCAUAGAGAUCACAGAUUCCAAGGAGAGGUUCAACCUUCCCGAUCUGGAAACCAUGAUCUAUUUUACAGUUGAAAAACCCACAGAAAACUUCUCUUGUGCUUCCAGCUUGAGUGCUUUGCCUCUUCACGAGCACUACAUCCAGAAAGACGUGGAGUUGAAAUUAACCCCGCUACUCCAAAAUGACGAGACUCUCCCAUACCCAGAUGAGGAUGAAGAAGGGUUCGACAACGGGGAACGAUACAGCGAGGGCAACUCAGAGGAAGACAUAGAAAUCCUGAAGGAAUGCAUCAACUCAGCAAUGCCUUCAAAGUUUAGGAAAGUAAGAUCUUCCCUGGUGACUACAAUUCCCUCCAACCUACUCAAGUCCCAGAUCCGAAAACCAAUGCAACUCCAAUUUAACGUGCUUCCAAAUGGUAAAACCCAAAUUUGUUCUAGAAGGAGAAAUAUAUACCAACAAAAAGACUUGAGGUUGGACGAUUCUUCCUUUACAGACUCUGCAGAGGGUACACCUGUUAACUUCUCUAGCACAACAUCUUUAAGUGAUGAAACUCUUCAGUAUCCCCUAAAGAACAGGGGGGCUAAAGACUGCACAGCUAAAGGCCUAAGCAAACAGGAUCUGAUGGACAAUGAUGCAAAGAGGAUUGAAGACUUGAGGAUAUUUUCACACUUCCACAAACCACACGGGACACACUACCCACCUGAGAUACAAAUGAGCCGAACCGCCAAACAUGUGAUUCCCACUCAGAAGCUGCUGAUGCAGAGCAAAGAGGUAGCUGACCGAGUGGCUAGCCUAAAAAAUCGGGAUCGAUCUCCUAAUCAACAGACUAGGCAGCAAGGUCAAGGCUCCUACAGGAAAUUGGACCUGCCAGUUAUAAAACAAAACACAGAAGGUAACAUCAACUCUAAAACACAAAAAGAAAACAAAAUGUUUCGACAAAUGACGCAUUCUUCAGAGGACAGUAACGAUUUCUAUGGUGACAACAAUGAAGACGUAAUCAAACGAGCAAGCAGAAAACAGAUGAAGGAAGCAAAUAGAAGCACUCUGUCCCGAAGCAUGACAAAUAUAGGCCGGAUAGAUAAUUCCCAGGGAAAGCCCAGAGGAUUUCAGAGAUUAAAACAAAAUCUUUUACGGGACGAGUCCCUGGCAUGUUACUCACUCAGCUCCUCAGUCAGUUCACUCAGUGAUGCUGAAUUUGAUGAACAUAAAUCAAAAGCCCAGCAAAUGUGGUUUAAAAACAGACACAAUAAAACCCUCAAUAUGGCACAACAAACAAAGGGUGUUACCAUGCACUGUCAGUAUGAAGAACAAAGCUCACCGAGCUCUGUCAGCAUGGACUCAGAGGAUGACCUUCUGCAAAAAUGCAUAACCUCUGCUAUGCCCAAGCAGAGACGGAAAAUUACUGCUAGGAAGAAGAAAACAGAAAAUAGUCAUAAACAAAAGGACUCUGACAGGUGGGACAUGAAUGAAGAAAUGGACAGUGAUGAUACAGGAUGGGAUAAUGAUUCUGACCUCAACAGUGUUGAGUGGAGAGCCAUACAGGAAGGUGCUAACUGUGUUGUCACUGGGCUGCAAGCCUCAAAAUCUCAUGAGCCAUCAUCUGAAGAGACAGAGUCAGUUCUGUCUUUUAUGUCUGCAUCCAGCUUUACACCUAAAGAAAAGAAGUUUGCGAAAGAGAAAAAGGCAAAUAAACCUCUAGAUUUUGCACAACGAAAGCCAAUUCCCAACUUACCAGUUGUGUUUAGAGGCAGGACAGUGACCUACACACCACAGCAAGUGACGGCUCCAUCACAAAGACCUCCUCAAAGAAAAAUGCCAAGCAAGACAGAUGCUCCAAAGAACCCAAACCUUGCUCAACACAGGUCAAAGAGCCUUCACAGACUAGGCCAGCCCCAAGACACAGAACUGUCUCUUCCAAAGAGGAGCUCUACUCCACCUCCAAGGAUACCAAAAAGCUCAUCCUCUGGAUCAUCACAGAGCUCCACACCAUCCAAGCAGUCACAGAGGAAAAUAACAUCCCCAACUCAGACAAGUAAUUCAGUCCAGAAAAAUACUUGCUCAUCAAGUAGUAGCUCUCCUGCCAGUAGCCCCCCUGAAAGAAAAGGACGUUCUCCUGUUGUUAAUAAAAAUGAGAAAUCUCCCCCACCUAAAACUCAGAAGUCACCCGUCCGCAUACCUUUUAUGCAGAACUCAGCCCGGCAGCCCCGGCCUCUAUCACCACUGGUAACUAACCAAACCUCACCUAAACGAAGUAAUCAGAUUAACGGCAAAAGACUGUCACCAGCCAAUCGAUAUGACAUGGUUAGGAUGACGUCUGUUCAUUCAAGCAGUGGUGAAUCCGAUCGAAAUGGAUUUCUGAGACAGCUGACUUUUAUUAAGGAAUCAAGGACAGCAUUUAGACGAGAUGGCUCUCCUCACAAUACACCAGGAUCACAAAACAGAUCCCCUCGAAGGGCAGCUCCUGGAACUUCGGCUGUGUUCCUGUGCUCAUCACGUUGUCAGGAGCUAAAGGUUGCAGUGCAAGCCCCAAAAAGAGUGCAGGUAAAAGAUCCUGGAAAAGUUCAGCAAGCCCAAAGGCCAAGUCCUGGCCUUCAAAAGCAGACUACAACUUUGUCAAGAGCAACAUCCAGCGAAAGAGAUCUUGCUGCAAGACGGCCAGCACGAAGAACUAGUUCUGAAAGUCCCUGCAGGGUAGCCCAGCGAAGUGCGGCCAGCAGAAUCUCUGGAGUCAGGCACCAACAGGACCAAGACAUCUUUAAGCGUCAUGCUUCAUCGCCAAGCAUAAAUUUACUCAGUCGGGUUACCAGCCGUUCUUCGCUGCGCUCGUCAUCAUCUGAUUCAAGUGGAAGAGCAAAAAGCGAGGAUGACACAAAGAAGAAAGGGCAGAGAUCCACAUCGCGACGGAAUAUUGGAGUUACUUGGCGGAGAAUCAGGGAUGAAGAUGUACCUCAGAUCUUGAAAAGCACUCUGCCAGCCAAUGCAUUACCUCUGGUGCCUUCCCCUGACGGGGAGAAGCCAAAGCCACCCGCGCUUCCAGGAAAACUGCCAACAAUAGUGCUUGCAUCUCGUAAGACAACUGACGCAACAGUCCAGACAGAAGAUUUAUCCAAUGACAAGACUAACUCAAGCACUUCUCUGACAGCUGAAACAGCACCAGUGAUCUCUGAGGAAGAGGCGAGACUGGCUCUACUUAGGAAAUUCAGUGCUGCCUCUGGCAGUAACCAUCAGGAUGCAGAUUCAGAUGGUUCAUUGAAGAGCUUCAGCACUACUGGUACAUCAGACAGCCAUGUUGGUGGAGUUGUCACUUUCCGUCAGGGAUCCCCGAGCAAGGCUGCCAGAGUCACUCCAUUUAAUUACAUCCCCAGUCCCAUGGCCUGCUGCCUGCAAGACCCGCAAAGCCAGAUGGCUAUAAUGACUGAAAAAGCUGAGGAGAAAAUGUAGUUGUAGGGUAUUUGGUAUAUUACUAAUCAGCAUGAAUGGCUGGAGACCGGAGCUCAGCACUAAAAUGGAACAAGUGUGCUGGUCCUAUACCUCAGAAAUUUACCCUUUAUCCUGCCCCAUACAUUUAAUUCUAAGUUUGUUUCUCUGAACAACCGAUCAUAGCUUCCAUUUACCGUUCCUACGAAGUUGGAUGUAUGCAUGGAGACAGACUGGCCCAAAUGGACCACGAAAAAUAUUUAGUGAUGCCCUUCAGAACACAUCUUUCCAGGAAAUUGCAUUUUUUUUAUACUUUUUUUUGUAUUUGUAGAUUAAUCAUUGCCUGAUAGAACUGUAGUCGAAGCUUAAAAGACAACGAACUUUUUCCAGCACAUAAAUCACAAACUGUCUCUUGGAAACAAUCAAUUUGAACAAUGUUAUGCAAAGUUUUCAAUGCCUGCUCAGUUGGCUGAGAAGGUUCAAACUGUGCUGGACUAAAGACAAAUGCAAAUUCUCACCAACGAGACACACACACACACAAGAAUUUGUAAAGUAUUUUUUAACGCAUUGGAAAUCAAAGCUUUUGACCACUUGACACCUAAGAUGCUCCAGCACCAGUAGACGUAUAGAGGUCAUUUGUGAUGAGACAUUUCUCCAAAUGAAUACAUCACUGCUGUUACAAAUGUCUAUUUGUACUCAAGCUGUACACAGGUGGACAUUACAAUUUUAUUCUUUUCUUAUGAAUUUGUUGAAACAACUUUGGAUGUAUGUAGGCAACUUAACAUAGCCAUAGACAUGAUACAUGAAAGACCAAGGCAUAAAGCAUUGCGACAAGUUCAAAGUUGAUGUAAAAACUAGGCCAACUUCUGUUUUUAAGUAUAACAAAAACUGUUUUGAAAACACCUUCAGCCAUAAUAUAUUAGAGUAGGUGCUGUGGAUAAAUCUCACCUCAUAAAUACAAAUAAUUGAUUUCCACAGUAUUGGCAUACAUUGAUCUUCUCUUGAUUGCACAAUAUCUGUAUUUACCAGUCAUAUUAAGGUCACAUUGCUGCCGAGAUCAAUAAUUAACCCUGAAUUUUGCGGAGUUCUGAUUUCAAUAGUAUGAUGCAGAGUAGCUCAAACAGGUCCUGAUUUCUGCUUCACUUAGACUGAGUGGAUGAUCAUUUUACUUUAAAGUAAGCCCUUACCACAAAUGUUUCCAAUGUCAGAAACUGCACCAUGUUUAUUUUACCACAAAAUACAAAAAUGUAGUGUCUGUUUCUGUUGCAUUCUACAAUUCUGUUUCUGAAUCAGUAUUGUACAUAACACAUAUACUAAAACCUGCUGAGUGUUAACUGCUGACAGCAUGCUCAUUGUAUACUUACUGUGUACAUACACCUGUAGACAUCGCAGGUACUGAAUAAUGCCAUUAUGUAAUUCAGAAGGGAAAUAUUUUCCAAGUCUAAUGUCAUCUGUAUUUUUGUGACGCAAAAACAUGUAAAAAUGCAAACUGUACAUUGAUGAACAACAUAGCCACAGGCAUCUGUGAAUGCAUUGGGAUAUUUGAUUUUGCUGAUAUUUUCAGGUACUGUUUGCUAUUGAGUAUGUCAAGAAUAUAUCAGUGGUGGUUUGGCUUUACCCACGGGAGAAGGUACAAAGUUAAGACUGAUGAGCAGUAAGCAGAGACAUCUAAGGCUGGAUAUGUUGUCAGACAUUUAGUCUUUUUAGUCGCAGGCUUCUUAAAAUGACUACGCCCCCUUCGACCACUGCAUUCUAGAAAUUCACAUAAGGCAAUAAAGUCAAUAAAGUCAAAUAAUCACUUAAUGUUCAUUCUACUGAGCUCUUCCCUUGUGCCUGUUCUCCUUCUCAUUCUGCAGUGAAGCUAAGGAGAAGCUUGUGUAUUCAUUUUCAUGAAACUCAGGCAAAACAAAAGGUCUGCAACUAGGACUCUGUUUCCAUCACUCAUGAAAGUGCCAGCCAAUAAACUAAUAUGGUUCUGGUUUAUUUGUAAGCAUCACAGCCAUAGUGGUUAACAUUGUAAUGUUAAUUACUAGCAUAAUUUGGCUAAAAUUCCACUGUAUUACACAUUCCAUAGGCUAGACAUGGGCAUGAAAAGGCUUUUGGUUAGCAUAGCUAUGCUAAUAAAUAGCAUAAAUAGGCUUUUAGUUAGCGUUGAAAUGCUAAUAACUAGCAUAUUUAGGCUAAUGACUUAUUGGACCACACACUCCUUCGGCUGUGAAUGUAUGCAGGGAAAUAACUUGCGUGUUUGUGUAUUACACAUUCAAUAUCCUUGACAUUGGCAUGAAUAUGCUUUCAAUUACCAUGGUAAUGCUAAUAAAUAGCACACUUGUUCACUGGACUACACACUCCCUUGGCUCAACGUUAUCAUGAAUAGGGUUUGUAUUCCCAUGAAGUUGCUAAUGACCAGAAUGUUUAAACUAAUGAGUCACUGGAAUACAAUUAUACAGGCUAGUCGUUCGCAUAAUACAGUUGAUGUUAAUUUACUUUAAUGGCAUAACUGAAUGUGUGACUCAAGACAGGUUGCAGCUAUCAGGUAACGACAAGCAUCACAAUAGGCUACCAUAUUCUGAGGCUGAAACCUACACAAUCUUUCACUGUUAGGACACUACUCUUAAGUUACAAUUACGAUAUAUUACCUCUGCUGACUGCUUUAUGGUCCAACUUUGUUCCUGAUACUACAGGUCUUUUGGUGGUCUUCAUUAGAGUUCUUCUCUGCAACUCUGUACAUGUUAAUAUCUGCUUAAAUGUGUUGCUGUAAAAGUAGCGAUAGGUGGUGAUUAUAAAGACAAUGAAAAUUCA